UACCUCGUUGAAUGCGGUGGUAGCGAAGCUGAGCAGCGCCAGGAAGAGAAAGGCCUUCACUGGGAGGGAUGAUGAUGGUGAUGGUGAUGGUGAUGGUGAUGGUGAUGGUGAUGGUGAUGGUGAUGGUGAUGGUGAUGGUGAUGGUGAUGGUGAUGGUGAUGGUGAUGAUGAUGAUGAUGAUGAUGAUGAUGAUGAUGAUGAUGAUGAUGAUAGUGAUAGUGAUGGUGAUGGUGAUGGUAAUGGUGAUGGUGAUGGUGAUGGUGGUGGUGAUGGUGAUGGUGAUGGUGAUGGUGAUGGUGAUGGUGAUGAUAGGGAGUGGAACAAAGACGAGAGGGGAAAGGGGGGUUAGGGAGGCAGUUAUAAAAGCUGAGCAUGGCA